AUGUUUGAGUUGGCCUUCAUCGCAGUAUGUCUUCUCAUUUUAGCCUAUGCAGCCCUAAAAAUUGCUAAAAGUGGAUUUUUCAGUAAUAUUCAGCCAUCUGUUACUGAAACGCCAAAGUAUCUGGGCAAAUCGCUCACAGUGUAUUACAAGCACCAUAUCGGUGCUUACUCCGGUGUCGGUACAAUAUUCAAAGAGGCACGCGGACUCUUGCCUGCAGGAGCGACGACUUUCGGCAUUUUCUACGAUAACCCGAGAGAACGUGAGGAACACCUCCUCCAGUCUGCGGCAGGUGUCGUUUUCGGAGGUGAGUAA